AUGGACGACCCUCUACAGAGCCAGUUUGGGUAUGCCGAUUGGUUGGAUAUCAUUUUGAUGAUAAUAGGCUUGAUUGCAGCUGUUGCAAAUGGAACAGGGCUGCCACUUAGGAUCAUUGUUGGUGGAGAGAUGACAAACAGCUUUGUGACAAUUGGCCAAGCAGUAAAUAUGUCUGCAGCUGUGAUGAAUAGUAGCUCUACUUGUCCAGCGAUUCCAGGUUUGGAUAUAGAAGCUGAAAUGACCAGAUUUGCCUACUACUAUGCGGGUAUUGGCUUUGCUGUAGUGAUACUGAGCACGAUCCAAGUCUGGACAUUUUUGAUCUCAGCUGCAAGACAGACAGCAAGAAUCCGACAAAAGUUUUUUUUCGCAAUACUUCACCAGGAGAUGGCUUGGUUUGAUACCAGCCAGAUUGGAACGUUGAACACCCGACUGACGGAUGACAUUAACACCAUCCAGGAAGGCAUCGGAGACAAGAUCUGUAUAUUUGUACAAUUCUUUGCCUCGUUUCUGACAGGGAUUGUUAUAGGAUUCGUCUACGGGUGGAAACUGACUUUGGUGAUUUUGUCAGUUAGCCCUCUCCUUGCUGCAGCAGCAGCCGUUGGAUCAAUCUGCCUGGCAUCGUUCACUACAAAAGAGCUGACUGCUUAUGCUAGAGCAGGAGCUGUGGCGGAAGAAAUUUUGACUGCUAUCAGAACAGUUGUUGCUUUCAAUGGACAGAUGAAGGCAUUAGCAAAAUAUGAUGUUAACCUAGAGAAUGCUAGGAAAGUUGGAGUAAAAAAAUCCAUUACCACCUACACAUCUUUGGGUUUCACAGAGUUUAUUUCCUUUGGAGCCUAUGCUCUUGCAUUUUGGUACGGAAUCAAACUCACAGUGGAGGAGAAAGAGAAUUAUGACAUCGGACGUGUGUUAAUUGUAUUAUUCUCUGUGGUCUGUGGCACAAUCUUUCUCGGACAGGGCUCCCCACACUUGGAGAGUGUUGCCAAUGCUCGAGGUGCUGCCUAUGAAGUGUACAAGGUUAUCAAUAAGCACUGUCUUCUAGAUAGCAGUGCAAAGCAAGGAUACAGACCAGACAAGCUCAAAGGAGACAUUGAAUUCAAAAACAUCCAUUUCAGUUACCCAUCUAGACCUGAUGUUAAAAUUCUCAAGGGCCUGAACCUGAAAGUUCCAUCGGGGAAGACCAUCGCUCUGGUUGGCUCCAGUGGCUGUGGCAAAAGUACUGCUAUUCAGCUGCUACAGAGAUUCUAUGAUCCAGUCCAAGGAGAGGUUAGUUUGGAUGGACGAGAUAUUCGGACACUUAAUAUAAAGUGGCUCAGAGAACGUAUUGGCCUUGUAAGCCAGGAGCCUAUUCUGUUUGCUACAACAAUAGCUGAGAACAUUCGCUGUGGCAGAGAGGGUAUUACUGAUUCUGAAAUUGAGAAAGCAGCUAAAGAAGCCAAUGCUUUUGAUUUUAUAUCCAGACUGCCUGAUAAAUUUAACACCAUGGUGGGGGAAAGGGGAGCUCAGCUGAGCGGAGGGCAGAAACAGCGAAUUGCUAUUGCCCGUGCCCUGGCAAGGAAUCCCAGGAUUCUGCUGCUGGAUGAAGCCACGUCUGCUCUGGACACUCAGAGUGAAUCUAUUAUGCAAGCAGCUCUUGAUAAGGCUAGGGCUGGACGUACCACCAUUGUGAUAGCUCACCGGCUCUCCACAAUCCGGACAGCUGACAUUAUUGCUGGAUUUCACAACGGUGUUGUUGUUGAACAGGGAACACACAAUGAACUCAUGACACAGAAGGGUGUCUACUAUUCUCUUGUGAUGCAGCAGCAUCAUGGUGGAAACACUCAAAAUGAGAUGUCAGAAAGCGGUGAAGAGACAGAAGAUGAAGACUAUGAGGAAGAGGAUCUAGAUGAUCUCAGGAUGGAGAACCUGACUGAUCUUGAGGAAAUAGAUGGCAAGAUAGAUGGCUUCAGAAUUCAUACUGUUUGCAGUAAAGAGGAAAAUCUCCCUGCUGUGCCUUAUUCCAGGAUUCUGGCUCUGAACAAACCUGAGUGGCUGCAUAUAUUCUUUGGCAUGAUUGCUGCUGCCUUCUCUGGUGGCGUCCACCCUGCAUUUUCUGUUAUAUUUGGAAAAAUCAUUGGGGCUUUUCAAGAAACAGAUCCUGAAAAAAGGAGCAAAACCACCACAUUGCUUUCUCUAAUGUUUCUUGUACUGGCAGUGAUCAGCUUAGUAACACACAUAAUCCAGGGAUUCAUGUUUGGAAAGUCUGGGGAAGUUCUGACCAAGAGAUUGCGAUCUUUGUCAUUCAAAGCAUUGCUUCAGCAGGAGAUUGGGUGGUACGACGAUCAUAAAAAUGCCAUAGCUGUUUUGUUAACCAGACUAGCUACAGAUGCUUCACAAGUCAAAGGGGCUACUGGAAGCCGACUUGGCUUGUUCACUAAGACUGCCUCUACCCUUCUGACCGCCAUCAUUAUUGCUUUUGUAUAUGACUGGCGAUUAACUUUGUUUAUCCUGGCCUGCAUUCCUUUCGUUAUUGCUGCAAGUGCUAUUCGACUGAGCUCUGCGGCUGGUCAGGCAUCAAAAGAUCAAAAAGCUUUGGAAGAGGCCGGACGAAUUUCAACAGAAGCAGUUGAAAAUAUAAGAACUGUGGCUUCAUUAACUAGUGAAGAUGCAUUCUAUGAGAGAUAUAAUGCAAGUUUGAAUGGUCCAUACAGGGACUCUCUAACAAAAGCCCCCCUAUAUGGACUUACCUAUGGAAUAGCCCAAACUGCAAACUACUUUCUUUAUGCAGCAAUCUUCAGAUUCGGGGCAUGGCUCAUUGCUAAUUGUUAUACAAACUUUGAAAAUGUAUUUAUAGCCUUUUUUUCAGUUCUAUUUGGUGCUAUGAAUGUUGGGCAGUCCGCUUCUUUGGCACCAGAUUUUGGCAAAGCUAAAGUUUCUGCCCAACGAAUCUUUCAGCUUUUGGAUCGGAAACCCUUAAUUGACAGCUAUAGUGAAGAGGGUACAAAACUGAGUCAGUUUGAUGGUAACAUUGAAUUCAGGGACAUCCAUUUUGUAUACCCUACAAGACCAGAAGCUCAAGUUUUGCAAGGACUCAGCGUGAAGGUUAAUAAAGGACAGACACUAGCCUUGGUGGGGAGCAGUGGUUGUGGCAAAAGCACAUCCAUUCAGCUGCUGGAGAGAUUUUAUGACCCUAUGGCAGGACAAGUGUUUGCAGAUGGGUUCGAUACCAAGUCUUUGCAUUUGCAAUGGUUAAGGUCCAAAUUGGGUAUUGUGUCACAGGAGCCUAUUUUGUUUGACUGCAGCAUUGCUGAAAAUAUCCAGUACGGAGACAACAGUAGGGUUGUCAGUCAGGAGGAAGUUGAAGAGGCAGCUAAAGCAGCAAAUAUUCACACCUUCAUAGAAAAUCUUCCAGAGAAGUAUACUACCCGAGUGGGUGACAAAGGAGCACAACUUUCUGGAGGUCAGAAACAAAGAAUAGCAAUUGCUCGUGCUCUAGUUCGUAAGCCAGCAGUUCUGCUUCUGGAUGAAGCCACAUCUGCUCUUGACAUGGAAAGUGAAAAGAUUGUCCAGAAAGCCUUGGACGAUGCCAGGAAGGGUCGAACCUGCAUUAUUAUUGCUCACCGCUUGACGACCGUCCAGAACGCUGAUGUCAUAGCAGUGAUUCAUAAUGGAAAAGUAGUGGAACAAGGGACGCACAGCCAGCUGCUGGCAAAGGAAGGACAUUACUAUGCACUUGUAAAUGCACAAGUUUCUCAUUAA